UCUCUUUGGCGACUGGGAGAACCACGCGGUCUAUUAUCCGCUACGGAGUCAGAAAGAAGACCCCGCUUGUAAGCCGGGCCUCUUCUCGUUCGCUUGUCUGUCACAGGGCCAGACAAAUCGCUGUAAACAGUUCGUCAUUUGUGAUUCUGUGAAUCAGUUAGUGGUAAGGAAAUAAACAGUAAGUGAAGUAAAUAUUAAAAACUCCAAAACAUGAGCGGCAUAGAAGAAGUUGCCGCUGCGGCGGUCAGCGGCGUGGAAAAGAUAGCAACUGCGACGGUGGAGAACGUGGCGUCCACGCUGGACACCGUGACCAGCGUCGUGGAGAACGUCUCCAGCGUCGUGGACUCAGUCGCCUCGACGGACCCCCUCGAGUUAGCCGGCCAGCUGGCCAGCGACGUCGCCGCCACGGUUGCUUCCACGGAAACCGGCCGAGAGGCUCUCCACAUGGCCGGGUCCGCUCUUGAAGGGGCUGGACAGAUCCUAGAGGGGGCGGGGCAGGCCCUCAAGGAAUUGCCUGGCGUGGCCGUCCAGGAAACCAAACCCAAAAGUAUCUUGGUCGAAUAUGGAGGACUGGUGGGCGGCAUCGCAGCCGCUGCGGCGGUGGUGGCUGCCACCUACUACCUCACGAGGCCCGCCUCCGUUCCUCCCCAGGUGGACAUCGACGACCAGUCCCACGUCAUCAUGGAGGGGUCAGAGAUCAUCCGGGUCUCCAGACUGACGAAGGAAGCCCGCGAGGGAAAAUUCAUGAGAUUUCUCUACGAGGACACGCGCACGCUCUACGAUAUCUUUCGGAGAGGCGUGAAGGAGUCAAAUAAUGGUCCUUGCCUAGGAUCUCGUGAGGGACCAGGGAAACCAUACACAUGGCUACAUUAUAAUGAAGCACUCUUGAGAGCCAAGAAUUUCGGAGCUGGGCUUGUAGCGUCAGGACUUCAACCAGGCCCUGAGACUUUUGUUGGAAUCUACUCUCAGAAUUGCCCAGAAUGGAUACUGACAGAACAAGGAUUGUAUUGUCAGUCAAUGGUUAUUGUUCCCUUAUACGACACUCUAGGACCAGAAGCCUGCAAUUUCAUCAUAACACAAGCUUCUAUCACAACAGUGGUUUGCCAAGAUGAUCGAAAGAUGAGUCAAUUAUUGCAAUCUCCUCCGAAGUGUCUUAAGUUGCUUAUAGCCAUUAGGGAUGUUACCCCAGAAACAGCAGAGAGAGCAAGAUCACUUGGCAUUACAAUAAAAUUCUUUGAGGAAAUUGAAUCUCUUGGGGCAGCAAGUGAUAUUCCUGAGUUGCCUCCCCAACCAGAAGACUUGAGCACCAUCUGUUACACAUCAGGAACUACUGGUAAUCCAAAGGGAGUAAUGCUUACUCACGAAAAUAUAGUUGCUGACGUUUCUGCCACUCUCUUACAACUUGCUGAACACAAACCACACAAGAGUGAUGUAAUGUUGUCGUUCUUGCCACUGGCACACAUGCUGGAGAGAUGUUGUGAGGUGUCAGUUUAUAUAGCUGGUGGUGCUGUAGGGUUCUUUAGUGGUGACAUACGUAAUUUAGUAGACGACUAUAAGGUCUUGAGGCCAACCAUUACACCGUCCGUCCCACGUCUCUUAAAUCGCGUUUACGACAAAGUGACCUCUGCAGUGAAUGGCUCAGCAGUAAAGAAGUUAAUGUUGAAAAUGGCCCUUUCAAGCAAAAGAGCAGAUUUAGAAAGGGGUAUCGUAAGAAGAAACACGAUUUGGGACAAGUUAGUAUUCAAGAAAGUGCAGGAUGGAAUGGGUGGCAGACUAAGAUUAUUGGUUGUGGGCUCAGCACCUCUAGCAGGAAAUGUCCUCACUUUCAUGAGAGCUGCUUUAGGAUGUGUUAUUGUUGAAGGAUACGGACAGACAGAAUGCGGAGCUCCUGCCACACUUACCAUUCAGGGUGACUACAGACCUGACCAUGUAGGACCACCUAUUGCUUGCAAUGCUAUAAAACUCGUUGAUGUUCCAGAAAUGGGUUAUUAUGCUGCACAGGGUCAGGGUGAAGUUUGCAUAAAAGGCUCAAAUGUUUUCAAAGGAUACUUUAAAGAUCCUGAUAAGACUAGAGAAACUGUAGAUGCUGGAGGUUGGCUGCACACAGGAGACAUAGGACAGUGGCUCCCUACUGGAGCUUUAAAAAUCAUUGAUCGUAAAAAGCAUAUCUUCAAGUUGUCACAAGGAGAGUAUAUUGCUCCAGAAAAAGUGGAAAAUAUAUAUGUCAGAUCGACAUAUGUUGCUCAAGUAUUUGUCCAUGGUGAAAGUUUGAAGUCCUGUGUAGUAGCCAUCAUUGUGCCAGACGUCGAAGCUGUCAAGGAAUGGGCGAAGGAGCAGGAGAUCCCAGGAACAUUAUCAGUCCUCUGUGCUAACCCUCAUGUAAAACAGCUUAUUAUGGAUGAUAUCACAAACCUUGGUAAAGCAGCUGGCUUAAAAUCUUUUGAACAGGUUAAGGAUAUUUAUCUUCAUCCAGAUCUCUUCAGUGUCCAAAAUGGACUCUUGACCCCUACCUUGAAGUCUAAGCGGCCACAGCUGAAAAGGUAUUUCACUCCACAAAUUGACGACAUGUACGCAAAACUCUCAUAAACUGCCAUGUGUUGUGCGCAGUAUCGUACUUAUAAGUGAGAAAUUGACUAUAAAAUGUUCAGUGCUUGACUUGCGUGUGAAAUGGACCUCACGGGAUCUGUAUGACUUGUGCCUCAUAACAAUAGAAAACCACUUAGUGAGCAUUGAGUGAUUCAUCUAUUGUUUCUUUUUUCAGUAUAUUCAAUAGAAUCUGAUAACCAUAAGAUAUACAGUACGUAAAUAUAUACAAAUAUCAUUAUGAAAAAUUUUGAUUUAUAAUCAGAAUGUGCAAUGUAUAUCAGUAUAGCAGCUGAAGAAUUUUUUUCUUUACAGCUUUAUAGAUGUUUCUGUAAUACAUUUAUAUACUAUUUUUACCUAGAAUUUGGUGAUGGUUAGACUGGAUUAUGUUUUGUAAGGAACAUUUCUUUUUCUUGACAUUGAUGGCCUUAGUUGUUUCUGAAGGUGGCAACAGAGACGGGACAAAUUGGGCUUUGCUAUUAGGAACAUGAAUUUAAACUAGUGGAUUAUUAAUACUCAUAUGCAGACAGUAAAUAACUGGAAAAUGGAAAUUUACUUAGUUUUCAUUCAAUACAGUAUUAAACACUAAACCAUGGGGUCUUAAUAUUGGUGGAACUUAAUGAUUCUGUCAAGUCACAGGAAAAGGAUACUUUCAAUUAUGAGAUUGGUAAUUUUGGUACCCUCCACUGAAUGUGUUGGACUGCUUCUGCAACAGUUUCAGCCAGUAAAAUGUUUGGGAAUACUUUAACAAUAUGAGCUGAGAGGGAAGAACUUACCCGUGUUAUUUCUGGACAAUAAGGCACUUAUGUCCAGAUGACUGUUGGGUAGGUUGUUCUAGUCAUGAAUGUAAGACAGGAUGUGAGGCUUCUUCAUAGAGCCUUAGGUGCUCAGGCUGUGUGGUUGUAAAAUUUUUAAUAAAACUACUAUGUGAUGUGCACAGGGAUUUUGUGUAAAGUCUAAUUUUUUCCCAUAGAGGGUUGCCAAAGUGAGCACUGGUCGGUGUUGGGGUUGGGGUAAUUAUGUAUGAAGUCAUCCUAAUGUAAUUACUUGUAAAUACAUUGUUAUGGAUUAUAUUGGUGAGUGUCUUUCUGAUUGCAUUUGAUUUACAAAUGCAAUCUUGUUUGGAGGAACAGAGGAGUAUCUGUGUAGGAAGUAAAGCUUAGGCUUGUUAAACUAUCUCUUUUGAAAGUUAUACCAUGUGAUAUAUACAGAGUAAUGUUUAAUUUCAAUAUAGAUCCAGAAAUGAAUUUUAAAUACUGUAUAAAAGUUGUAUGAAACAAAGCAUCAUUUCAGAAUAAAAGUAUGUAAAGUAUAUGUACUCUUUUAUAUACUGACACGUAUGGCCUUGGUUAAUAUGUCAUUAUUAGAAAUUAUGUUACAGCACACUAACAUAGUUAAAUUAGAAAAAACACAAAAAAGCUUCAGGACUACCUUUCACACAUUGUACUUAUCAGUGAUGAAACAGUAUCAUAUCAUAGGAAAUAAUUUCUAAUUUCUUGUAUAGUGCUUUCAUUUUGUAUAUUGUACAGGUCUACUUAACUAUGAUAUGGAGGACUCAGGUUUCCAUUUCAGUGUUAAAAAGUCUUUUUAGAUUUACAGUGCUAUAGGUCUCAAUGUAUGAUUGACUUUGUUGGUAAAUUACAUUCAGUGUUGAAAUGUUGCCAUCUCUGGUUAAUGCAGUGCUCUUUAUGAAGGAUUUUCACAACUGCUUCCCUACUAGAAUUUGAAUAAACCAGGUUUACAGUCUAGGUUUAUACGACACCAGUUUAAUUAGUCUUACAACAAAUAUUUCUUACACUAAUAAUAAAAUAGUUUUGGCAGCCAUUCAAGAUAUGUACAAAAAACUGCAUAUCUCCAUUGUGCACCCUCUGCAUUCUGUGAAAUUUUGCAUAACAUUUACUAUUAAUUAUAAAAGAAUACUAAAAAAAAAAAAAAAAUAAAAGUUCCCAUUGCAUUAUCCCCAUUAGACAGCCUUAAUUUCAGAGAAUGCAGAUAAAACUGCAGGAGAUGUACAUUUUUUGAUAAGCCAUCCAUUCUGCUGAUAUUAAGUAUUACAGCUACCUACUCAUUUUUUUUUUACUGCGUCACAGAGCACACCUCUCAUCACAUUACAUGUAGGUUUGUAUGUGUAAAUUUAUAGAGUUCAAAUAUGUAAAUAAAAAUUCUAAUGCUU